ACCCAAAAUCAUCUUAAUGGAGCGAAAUAACUAGCUCAGUAAUUUUGAAUUAAAACCGUAAAAAAGAAAAUCGACGCGUCUGUGUCUUUGAUGCCUGCAGACGUGUACUCUUAAGUACUAUUAUUUUGCUACACAAAAAGCAACGGGUUUUGGAAGAUGUCUUUAGUUUGUGCAAUCUCCAAUGAAGUGCCGGAGCACCCCUGCGUGUCGCCCGUCUCCAACCAGGUGUUCGAGCGCCGCCUGAUCGAGAAGUACAUCGCGGAGAAUGGGGCAGACCCUAUAACCGGACAGCCGCUCUCCGAGGAGCAGCUGGUCGACAUCAAGGUUUCGCACCCUAUCCGGCCCAAGGCCCCCUCAGCCACCAGUAUUCCUGCCAUUCUUAAGGCUCUGCAGGAUGAGUGGGAUGCAGUGAUGCUACACAGCUUCACUCUGAGGCAGCAGCUGCAGACCACCCGGCAGGAGCUCUCCCACGCCCUCUACCAGCACGACGCAGCCUGCAGGGUCAUCGCCCGCCUCACCAAGGAGGUGACGGCCGCUCGAGAAGCGUUGGCCACUCUGAAGCCCCAGGCAGGACUGGUGGUGCCCCAGGCCGUCCCCGCCUCUCAGCCGGCAGCUGCGGGUGCAGGAGGAGAGCCUAUGGAAGUGAGUGAGCAGGUGGGCAUGACCUCAGAGAUCAUACAGAAGCUGCAAGACAAGGCCACUGUCCUGACCACCGAGAGAAAGAAGAGAGGCAAGACGGUGCCAGAAGAGCUGGUGAGGGCCGAGGACCUCAGCAAGUACCGACAAGUGGCAUCUCAUGCUGGCCUCCACAGCGCCAGUGUUCCUGGAAUCCUCUCUCUGGACCUUUGCCCUACAGACACCAACAAAGUGCUCACUGGAGGGGCAGAUAAGAACGUGGUGGUGUUUGAUAAGAGAGAGGAGCAGAUUGUGGCCACUCUGAAGGGACACACCAAGAAGGUCACCUCUGUUAUCUAUCAUCCUGCCCAGUCGGUGGUGUUCUCCGCUUCCCCAGACAGCACUAUCCGGGUGUGGUCUGUGUCAGGUGGGAACUGUGUCCAGGUGAUCCGGGCUCAUGAGGCGGGAGUGACUGGACUCUCCCUCCACGCAACUGGGGAUUACCUGCUCAGCUCCUCCGAGGAUCAGUACUGGGCUUUCUCUGACAUCCAGACGGGCCGAGUCCUCACCAAGGUCACUGAUGAAACUGCUGGCUGUGCCCUGACCUGCGCGCAGUUCCACCCUGACGGCCUCAUCUUCGGGACGGGCACCGCCGACUCGCAGAUUAAGAUCUGGGACCUGAAAGAGCGCACCAACGUGGCCAACUUCCCUGGCCACUCCGGCCCCGUCACUGCCAUUGCCUUCUCCGAGAACGGCUACUACCUGGCCACAGGGGCUCAGGAUUGCUCCCUUAAGCUGUGGGAUCUGAGGAAACUGAAGAAUUUCAAGACUAUUACUCUGGACAGCAGCUAUGAGGUGAAGUCACUGGUGUUUGACCAGAGUGGGACUUACCUGGCAGUGGGAGGGUCUGACAUCAGAGUCUACAUCUGCAAGCAGUGGUCCGAGAUCCUUAACUUUACUGAGCACUCCGGCCUCGUGACGGGCGUGGCCUUCGGUGAGCAUGCUCAGUUCCUCACCUCGGCAGGAAUGGACAGAAGCCUCAGGUUCUACAGCCUGUAGGAUUUAAGGUCGGAAGGUGGCAGAGAGGAAGGACAGAUGACACCGCGCUCUGUAAGAACCCUGUGACUGUCUGGGUUCUGCGGCACACUGAUGACUGAUAGGGGGAAGUGAGGACUUUCCACCACCCUGCCCUGUGGUUCAGUCAGCCUGGAGCACAGUGCAGGCACUCUCUGUAAUAUGGACAUCCUUCAUUCCACCCUUUCACAAGAGAUUAAUGUGAUGCAUUUUUAAUUUAGGGAUCUUAGUGUUUUGUAGUUUGUUAGUGCAGAAAUUUGGAUAUCUUUCCCUGUUGCUGUAAAAUUGUGGCCCAUUAAAUUUAGCUCUCUUUCUCUUUCCAUGCAUUUUCC